AUGGCUAUUAUCGAAGGGUGGUUACCACCCACUCGGGAAAACUACAAUUUCAUCCUCAAUGUCUGGCAAAUCUCUUAUCCGAUCAUUGGCUCGAUUCAAUGGCUUACCAAGUGGUAUGGCAUGGGCAAAACUUCGGUCUCCAGUCGUCUUAAUCUGCCAGGCCGUAUAGGCUGGUUGACUAUGGAGGUUCCAGGAGCCAUGACGUUACUGUACCUGAUGAAAGUUCUUCCUGAACAACAUGGCAUCGAUGAUCUGCCGUGGCAGAACAAGGUCCUUGCGGGAUUGUUUGUGAUUCACUACUCUUACCGCGCGGUCAUGUUCCCCUAUCUUCAGCCGUCCAUGUCGCCUUUGCACAUUGCGGUGUGGCUGCUUGGCUUCAGCUUCCAGCUCUUCAACGCGACAUGUAUAGGCUCAUGGCUUGCAGCCUACGGGCCCAUCACAGAAGCAGAGUGGUCAUCACAUUCGUCCAUCCUGCAAUUCUCAGCAGGAAUUCUAAUCUUCUACAUCGGCCUCUCGGGAAACUUCUUCCACGACGAAGAACUUCGUGACAUCCGACGCCGGGAGAUGCAGCGGCAAGAGCGUGUCAAGCUGGAGCAGAACGGCAAGAGUGACAACAAGGGCGUGGAGAAGCACUACCAGAUUCCGCAGGCGGGUUUGUUCCGGUACGUGCUGUUCCCACACUACCUAUGCGAGUGGGUAGAGUGGGCUGGGUUCUGGAUGGCGGCUGGCUGGGGAUGCGCGCCUGCGAGGGCGUUCCUCGUGAACGAGAUGUUUUCCAUGUUCCCGAGGGCUGUGAGGGGAAAGAGAUGGUACAUGGAGAGGUUUGGAGAGGACAAGGUUGGGAAGAAGUGGGCGGUUAUCCCGGGAGUAUGGUGA